UGCGAGCUGUUCGCUGCUUUAAGAAUAGAGGCGUAUUAAUGGAUUUCCCAACGGAGAGGUAGUACAACCUGCUUGUAUGUUCCACCUAAAUCUUUCUUCUUGGUCCUCAGGUGUGCGAAGGCUGCCUGCCUUUAUUCAUUUGGAGACGCACUUUAGGCAUGUUCAGAGGCACGCUUUUCUUGGUUAAGACUCAACCUUGGCACUGAAAACGGGUUCCAGCUUCUAGAAUUUACAGUUCCGCUCGAGGACAGGGGGAGGCGGCUUCCUGCUCGAAGUCAUGACAGAGGCUGUUGACCUGUCCUUUCUCUCGGAGGCAGAGAGGGAUUUGAUCCUCCAGGUCCUACAGCGGGAUGAGGUGCUCCGGAAAGCUGAAGAGAGGAGAAUUAGGCGCCUGAAGAAUGAGCUCCUGGAGAUCCGCAGGAAAGGAGCCAAGAGGGGUAGCCAGCGCUACAGUGAGCGAACAUGUGCCCGCUGCCAGCAGAGCCUGGGCCGGAUCAGCCCCAAAGCCAACACUUGCCGGGGCUGCAACCACCUGGUAUGCCGGGACUGCCGAGCUUAUACUGCCAACAGCUCUUGGCGCUGCAAAGUCUGCACCAAGGAGGCGGAGCUCAAGAAAUCAACUGGAGACUGGUUCUAUGACCAAAGAAUAAACCGUUUUGCGAACAGGCUGGGUAGUGACAUCAUUCGAAUGUCCCUGCGGCGCAAGCCACAAGGUAACAAAAGGGAGACAGUGGGAGAAGUCCUACUUCAAAAGGGCCAGCUCAGUGAUCCCAAAGCUGGGCCAAAGAGCCCCCAGCAGCAGCACAAGGAAGCCAGCUUGACCUGCGACUCCUUGGAGCCCCGAGAUGCAAAGAGUGACACGGAAUCCACCGAGAACAUGAGCCUAGACGGGAGCCAUCCCCUCUCAGCUCCUGCAGCAGCCAGCCCUGGCCGAGAGAAAACGAAAACUCUCAGCCCUUCGGGGUCCAACGCAUCCAGCUUGACCAUUCCUGUCCGCUCCAGAGAGGCCCUUCCCUCCGAUUCAGACAGUGAGACUCGUCUAGGGAGCCGUGGUGCUGCUUCAGCAGAUGAGAGUGACACUUUAUUCAAGAAGAACCCCAGGAGAAGUCAGAGGUCUUCAGAAUAUACCAAAUCAGUGAUCGACCUGCGACCGGAGGUGCCCAGCAGUGAAAGUGGGUCUCUCGGAGACAGAAGCAAGUCUGUGCCAGGCCUUAAUGUUGAAAUGGAGGAGGAGGAAGAGGAAGACAUCGACAACCUGGUAGAGAUUCACCGACAGAGGACAGCCAGAAGCAGCAUGCGCAGUGGUGUGUCCUCGAGCACUUUGGGAAGCAUGGUUAGUAUUUACAGCGAGGCUGGAGACUUUGGCAACGUCUGUGUUACGGGGGAGAUCGCCUUCUCCUUGAGCUACGAGCAGAAGGUGCAGAUGCUCUUCAUCCAUGUGAAGGAAUGCCGCAACCUGGCCUACGCUGAUGAGGUCAAGAAGCGCUCUAACCCGUAUGUCAAGACGUACCUUCUUCCAGACAAAUCUCGACAAGGGAAGCGCAAAACCACCAUCAAACGGAACACCAUCAACCCCCUGUACAAUGAGAUGCUCAAGUAUGAGAUCAACCGGCCCCUCCUGAUGACCAGGACUCUGCAGUUCUCAGUCUGGCACCAUGAUCGCUUCGGCCGAAAUAUGUUCUUGGGAGAGGUAGAUGUUCCGAUGGCCUCCUGGAACUUUGAGAACCAGUUGGAGGAAUGUCUCUCUCUGCAUGGCAAGGAUUGUGCUGACUUGGCUGCCUUCCCUCAACAUAGAGGCGAAUUGGUGGUUUCCUUAAAGUACAUCCCACCUGCUAAGCAUCCCAGUGCAGGGAAUGGAAGAAAAGGCAAAAGGGAAGAAGGAGGUGAACUUCAGGUCUGGAUCAAAGAGGCCAAGAACUUGACGGCAGCCAAAUCCGGGGGGACAUCUGACAGCUUUGUCAAGGGAUAUUUGCUACCUCUGCGGAACAAGGCCACCAAAAGGAAAACCCCAGUUGUAAAGAAGAGCCUGAAUCCCCACUACAACUAUACCUUAGUCUACCACAACAUCACCCUGGAAGAACUACCACACACCUGUCUGGAGCUUACCGUGUGGGACCGAGAGCCCCUGUCCAGCAACGACUUCCUGGGAGGAGUCCGGCUGGGAGUUGGAAACGGAAUGAGUAAUGGUCAGAUGGUAGACUGGAUGGACUCUACGGGUGAGGAGAUCAGUCUGUGGCAGAAGAUGCGCAAGUACCCGGGCUCUUGGGCAGAAGGAACACUUCCUCUUCGUUCCACCAUGGCUAAGGCAAAGCCGUAACCUUGUUCCUGCCUGACUGGGGACUGAAAAUGGAAGCCAACGGAGGACCAAGGCUGCUUUGCUGGAAAGCAGCUCUCCAGAGGACCUGGAGCAAGACUUCUUGUCUCCAAGUGUGUAGCAAUAAAGUGAAUUUUGCAGUGGCUGUUGAAGCGGGCUCUUUCUGAAGGAUGGUUCUUGGCAGCCCUUCUGUUUUUAAUGGGUUUUGUUUUGUAAGUCUGUUCAAACCAGAUUCCAGGCAGGCUCCAUGUGGAUACCAUGGAGACCUUUCCUGGGAGUGGGUGGACCGAAGUGCCUCUUAACUUGUUUUCCACGUUCUCUUUUCUUUCUGCUCUCCCUUUCCCCCAUGUCUGGGUUUUUUUUUUGUUGUAAAGGUUUCUAGGGCAGCCUGCUUACUACAUCUGUUCCUGCUUAAUGCCUUC